AUCCAUCCACCUCAGGUCCGAGGCUAAAUCAACACCACAGAGUUCCCUCCACUUCACUCUGAUCACAUGAUGUCUGCUCCGGUUCUGCUGGUUCUGCUGGGCUGUGUUCUGGUUCUGGUCGGGCUCCAGGCUCAGACCAUCAGCCAAGGACAUGAAGAAGAAGAAGAAGACCUGAGAGUCCUGGUGAAGCAGCUUUCAGCCCGAGUGAAGAUCCUGGAGGAGAGAGAGGAUGGAGGUAGAUCUCAGGUGGCGUUCUCCGCCUCCCUCGUCAACACCACAGAAUGGACCAAUCAGGGGCCUUUUGCAGACGCCAUCCCGCUGGUGUUCAGGAGGGUGACCACAAACAUCGGAAACGCAUACGACCCAGACACAGGCGUCUUCACUGUCCCUGCGAGAGGACUCUACUACCUCAGCUUCACCGGCAUCGUUGGAAACUCGGGGUCCUUGGACGCAGGGCUGAUAAAGAACGACCAGAUGAUGUUCGACAUCUUCAACACUGGAGGAAAACACAGCAGCGCCACCAACAGCAUGACGCUGGAGCUGCAGGAGGGCGACCGGGUCUGGAUCACAAUGUGGCACCAGCACAGCAUCUUUGACCACAGUCGCCUCAGCACCUUCAGCGGCUUCCUGGUCUUCCCCCUAGAGGGCGGAGCCUCAGAUACCUGUGGAGGGGGAGCCAGGUAGACCUGAACCUGGGCGCAGGUAGACCUGAACCUUUAAAAGGUCUAACAGCUCUUUUAUUUUGAAAUGCCGAGCAGGAAACUGCAGCUCUGUCAACAAAAUAAAAGCCUGUCAUGUUGUAA